UGCGUAAAAACGCGCGUGGCCUUUAACAACGGGCGGAGCCUGACCGCUGAUAUACGAUACACUUCACAGCGUCCGCGUCGCUCAAUGCGGAAGAAAAAGGCAGAAAGCACAGGCCGAGGUCCCGACGCCCGACGCAGCUGCAGAAGUUCCUCGGUUUCACCCUGACAGGUUUGAACUUUCCAGUCAAAAAAAAGAACCAUGUGGCCAAAUCAAGGUCCUACUCCACCAGCGGGGCCCCCGAACCCUGCCUGCCCUCCAGUUUGCAACCCUGCGUAUCCUGCUGUGCCUCCUUAUGGACAAUACCCUGCACCACCAAAUCCAGCAUAUCCACCUGGCCAGUACCCAGCUGGUAUGAACCCAGCCAUGGUACCAAAUGCACCUCCAGGAGCGAUGCCUUACGGCGCUCCAGGAUUGCAUCCUUAUCCAACAGCCCCUGGUGGAAUGCCAGCAGUUCCUCCUGCAGGUGUUUAUCCAGGUCCGUAUCCUCACUCGCCAAAAGGAGGUCACCAUAAAGGCCAUCAUCACCAUGGAGGCAUGCCUGGAGCAGUAGCAGGGGGAUUGGCAGGAGUGGGAAUGGGACUGGUUGGACACAAAGCCCACAAAAAGAUGAAGAAGAAGAUGAAGAAAGCACACAAGCAUGGGCACCACAAACAUGGCAAGUCAUCCAGCAGCAGCAGCAGCAGCAGCAGUGACUCAGACUGAGGUCUAGAAAACUUUAGCAAAAGUGCCACUUUGCAUAAGUGCAACCUGGCUGUUAAAUAUAAACAUGUAAGAAUCAGUCGUAUUAAGUUCAAUAGAAUUUAUGGAACACACAUAGAAACAUCUAGAAGUGGAUCUAACAGCUUUAAGCAUCCCUGCUGAGAUAAUCUAUAUUACAUUCCACCAUGUGCUGAAUUUCCAAUUUACUUUUUGUUUGCAGUGUGUAAUUCUGAUGUUUGUGAUUAUGUGAUAAUGUUGCAUGCAAUAGUUAAAAUUCCAGCAUGUGUGUCUGCUUAAAUAAUUGACAAAGUCAAUUAGAACUAAUAAACAAAAUCUAAAUCUAAUUUAAUUGAAGCAUAAUAGGAUAAUUAAAGGAUAAUGAAAUGUUUGAAGAUGACACUAGAGAUGAUGAUGAUGGUAUUGAUACUAGGUGUGUGCAGAAAGGGUUUUUGUAUUGGUUUAUGACACUAACUAUUUGUUAAUAUAUGUCUCAAUGAAUUAUACUCAAUAAAUAUGAAUUUUAAGUGUU